CCUCUCUAGAGCGGAAAGCAUUUGGGCCAGAAGGAGAAGGGUCACUAAUAAUACGCAGUGCGUAGCUCCACUAGCACGGAUAGCGCCGUUUUAAAAUGCGCAUGUACGUCAUUUGUUAAAACUGAUGUUUUCAUUUUUUACCACGAAUUUGAAUACAGAGUGUGGUCCAGGAGAGGAAAGUGAUAAUUGAUGUUGAUGUCGAUUAUUUACUGGCUCUCGUAGAAGUCGAGCUCCCUUCCCAUCGUUGUCACGUGACAUAGUGGUGACGUAAACCGGGAUCAGCUGAGGUCCCGUCGUUCAAAACAAACACGCGAUCCUUUCCCGUUUUGUGUCCGCCUAGGACUUUAUGAAAGUCCUUUGGAGUUUCUACUUCCAGGAUGUCGAUCGUUAAAAGUGGUAGGCUCCAUCGUCAGAGCACCAUAUUGCGUCGAUGGAAAAGGAAUUGGUUUGACUUGUGGGCCGAUGGACGACUCGUGUUCUACGAUGACCAAGAACGGCGUGACAUGGAGGAUGAUCUCCACAUGAGGGUCGACUGCAUUAACAUUCGUGGUUCAAAAGCUUGUAAAGAUCUGAACCCUCCAGAAGGAAAAGGCUGUGAUUCCUUGCUCCAGAUAGUUUGUCGAGAUGGACGGGUCAUCAGCCUCUGUGCAGAUAGCUCAGACGAUGCUCUAGCAUGGACCAUGGCUCUUCAAGAUGCUAGAGUUAAUGCGGUGCUUGCACCUCCCCAGAUGGCCUUUGCUCAGGAGGCCAUUGCCUCUGCUCCUCCUCCCUAUUCAGAAUUUGCUGUCCCUCCUCAGACUUAUAAUCCAUAUGAAGAGUAUGUUACACCUCCGCCACAGGCUACCCAGAUUGUGUACUCUGCUGACGGGCAGCCCUAUGCUGUGGCAUACCCCUACCAGUACCAGGAUCAGUCAUACCCCUACCAGUACCAAGCAGGAGUCUACCCAUCUCACCAGGCGGUGAACCAUGUCAUCGUUCAGGAGCGCCAGCGCGACGACACCGGCGAUGUGGCAUUGGGCAUGCUUGCCGGUGCUGCGACCGGAUUGGCAAUCGGCUCUCUGUUCUCCGUCUUCUAGUGUCUUCCAUUGCUUGCUUGCACAAACUACAGUAAUAGCAUAUGUAUUCUGAUAUCGUAGCUUCCUCCCCCAUAGAGAUUCAAAACUACUUUGAAGUCUCAAAUGUUAGGCAUGAUUGUUAUGUGCCAGUGAAAUAACCUUUAUGUGUCUUUACCAAAGGCUUCUUAUAUAUAUUCUCAUAUAACACUAUUAGCACUUUAAAAAAACAACAUAAUUGUUGUGGCAGAUCCUCGGUCCCUUUAUUUAAAAUGAAAUUGAAUGUAUUCUAAAGAUUCAUAGAAUAGGAAAAAUGUUGAGGAAAGACGUCAUUUCAGGUUAAAUUACGUUUCAGGUUCUCUUUACCAUGUUUAUUGGUUGAAGCCAUUUAAAAGUUACUGUUUAUUUGAGUAACUUGAUGUUUUUCUGUUGCAUACCAAACCGAUUUAUACAGCUUUGAUUUAUUUUUACAUGUAUUAUAUGUCUGGAGGCAAAAAUAAGAAAAUGGCAUGAAUUAUUAAUUAUGUUCAUCUUGAGGCAUCAGUUCAUGAUCGUAUCAUCUGAUGUCAUCAUUGUGAAGUCAAACCAUUUAAUUUAGACUUCACUGUGUGAAAAGGGAAUUCACUCUUCUGGACUACUUUAACUGCAUGCCAUAUUUCUUCAUGUAUUUUCUGCUGGCCACUGGUGAUUCACUCUUUACUGAUUUUCAGACGUAUGACAUAAUGUAUUUGUUUUGGUAGAAAUUGUAUGUGCAAAUAUAUCAGGUAAUAGUUACACUUUUGCUACUCUUCACUUAGCCUCAAUACUCCUGCACUCCCAAGUGGCUUGGUAAAACGAUUGCCAUACCUGUUCUCUAUAUGAACUGCCUAUAUCCACACCUAUUGUUAAAUUGUGUCAAGCACAAACUUUUCAAUGCAGCAUCUUUUUGCAUCAUCAGCCAAUAGGAGUAGGCCUGUCUAUUGCAAUUCUUUAGUGCUUUAGUUCACAUAACUAAUAAUUGGUCUUUCAUCCAUUCCUUUAAUUGAUAUCCAUACAUCUUUCUACUUUUAAUCACCUGCAUUUACCUUCAUUUAGCAAGGAAGUGUAUUUUAACUAUUAAAUAUAUUCAUAAUAAUAAUAUUAAAACUGUUUCCCACAGUCA